AUGGAAGAAGAAGUGGAGAGCAAACUUUCAUUUUUGGAUGUUCUCAUCUGCCGCCAACCAGACGGUAAACUGGCGACGUCAGUCUACAGAAAACCGACGAACACGCUGCAAAUUCUCAGCUACAACAGUAACCGCCCGCCACAACACAAACGAAGCUGUGUCCGCACGCUGUACCGACGGGUGGAAACUCAUUGCAGCACUCCAGUCGCCAAACUGGACGAGAUGAAGCUCCUCCAAGAACUCUUCAGAGCCAACAGCUAUCCGCGAACAUUCGUUGAACGGAACCGAAAGCAACCAAGGAUGAGGAAUGAAGAACCUAUUCAGCCAAAAUCGUGGCGGAGCAUUCCAUACAUGAAAGGGGUCUCCGAAGCCGUAGCCAGAUCCCUCGGGCCGCUCGGAAUAGGCGUUGCCCACAGGCCCGACUCAGCAAUCCGCCGGCAAGUGAUGCGGCCAAAAGACCCGAUCCCUAAACAGAUGUCGGCUGUUGUCUACCGACUUCAGUGUAGCUGGGGAAUGUGUAACUACGUUGGGGAAACCGGCCGACGGCUGCAAAAGCGCAUGCACAAGCAUAAGUUGGCCGUGCGAAGGUUGGACCCAAAGUCGGAGGUAGCAACCCAUACCGCCCAAAUGGGACACGUCUUCAACUUUGACGCCGUUGAAAUUGUGGGCCGAGGUGAUGAUCAUGCGGCAAGGCAGGUACAAGAAGCCUGGAUGUCUACAGACUGUCCUGUCAACCGCCACAUCAAUUCACCUCCCCCUUAUCUGAUUUUACGGACAUUCUUGACGGGGGACAGUCACGGCGCAGGACAAUCGGGGCCGCAAAUUAUCAACGCGGCCGGCGAGGAUGGGCGGGAUUCAGGUCACGAUGACAUGCGGGUCGGAUGCAACCGCACAGGCGGCAUUGAUGUGCCAGGCAUUGGACAAAGUGCGCCAUAA